AUGCCCGCCGUACGACAGAAAUCCAUACAGCUAACCGCCUACUUGGAGCAUCUCCUGCUAAAGGCCUGUCCGCAGCAGGAAUCAGGUCCCAAGCUUUUCUCCAUAAUCACUCCCUCCAACCCAAUGUGGCGAGGCGCGCAGCUCAGCGUCCUGCUACGUGGGGAUAUAUUAGACGGUGUCUUUUCACGGCUGCUGGAUAGUGGGAUUGUGGUGGAUGAGCGCAAGCCGAAUGUGAUUCGUGUGGCGCCGGCACCGCUAUAUAAUACCUUUGUGGAUGUGUGGAACUUCGUGCAGAUAUUUGUGAAGGCAUGCGAGGAGACAGAGAGGCAGGCUGCUGAGCAGGGGAAACCAAAACUGGAAAGUAAGAUCACAAAGGUGAAUUAUACUCGUAAGGGAGGGCUGGAAGAAAAGCCGUACUAUGAAGCGUGA